UUAUGGGAUGCAGAUGUACUCGCAUUUGAAAAAAGUGAUGUAUGCAGGGUCUUCCAUUGGAAAUGUCCAUAAGAAGUUUAUGGAUAAAUGAUAAGGUUCGACUCACUGAUGACGAAUCCGUCCUCAAAUUCAACUCUGACCGUUCAGCCGUAUAGGUACACGAUAAUUCUCUAAUGAAAGGUCUUAGAAACUUAAAAUUUUCAGAGUAGGUUUGGAUCAGAAAUGCCGCGGUUAAGUUCGUUUAUGGAUAAAAUCCGAUUAUGGUUUCCGUAAAUAUUGACGUUCGAAAUUUCAUUUUCUUGUUGAUGUCGGAACUGCAGUUUCGAUCGCGAUAAAGAUUUCCAAUUGGAUGGAAAAUGACAUUUAAAUGCUUUGUGCAAAAUUUAAUGCUCAUCAUCUAAUCAGCACAAUAGAAAAUUAAAAAAGAAUAACCAAAAAAAUGACCAAUAUUUACGUGACCACACAACUGAUGGAUAUCAGAUUAUGAAAACCAUGACAAAUGGACUAUAGAAGUUUCAAGGAGAAUAUUGAAAAUAGAGCCGUGAUUACAGAUCCGAUUCAAUUGAGAUUUUGAAUGUUCAUAUACAGGGUGUUCCAAAUUGAGUCGGCACCAUUGCCAACUCUGUUAUUAUGGAUGCUACGAUGUCGGUUAAAUGGGCAAACUGGUAGCAUUCUCAGUGGCCUUCUCGAUGCCGAAAAAAAAAAAAUAGACGCGUUGUCAUAAUAUUUCAUAAAAUGAUAUUUUUUCAAUGGAACACCCUAUAUUUUUUCAUGCAUUUAGAUUCGUAAUAACAUUCUCAGCAACAAAGCUUAUCUAACAUUUUUUCGUAAAGGUGAAAAUAAGACAGUUGUAUUAAUAGGAAACAUUUAUAACAGACGGAUUUGAUAAAAUGCUAUAAAAUAUCGAGUUAAUGUUCAAAAACACCGCCUUCUCGUUGAACACAUAUUUGGGCCCUGUUAAUUUUUGUUUUGUUUUCGGCAUUUUUGUUUAAGAUUAUCGAGUAAUGAUCGGAUGAUGAGGAUGAACCAUUAUUUAAUUCGAUUGCGCCCACGCUCGACUCUAGAUAAUUUGAUAUAAAAAAUGAAGAAUAUCAUAAAAUAAUGGAAUGUGGUAUGAAAUAAUGAAACUUAUAUUUCUCAAGAAGGAUCAGUUGGAAGUGAUGAAAUAGAAUUGUUUUCUUAUAUUUUGCAUUCCAUUUUUGAGGAAUCAACAUUCUGAUUAGAGAUUUUUUUUUUUUCUUUCAUUGAAGGCAUCGACUGCUAUGGUCAUUAGCCUCUAACCUAACCAUCACCGGACAUGUACAACAUCCAUGACCUAGCCAGGAUUCGAACCCGGUACCUUCGGCACCACAGUCGACAUCUCUGUCCACUGCACUACCGAGGUAGUCUGAUUAGAGAAUUGAAAAGAUAAUAAUGCAGAACCCCAAGUGGUCAUGAAAUCCGGCAACGUAAAGCGAACGCCGACAAGCCUGAUGAGUUCUUGAAAACUUCACUUUCACUUUGAAAAUGUGUGCAGUAAAACUGUCUGCGCGAAAAUUUGAAUUACACUUCUCAGUUUAGUUUUUAGUGGUGUUUCCGAAUAUCGAAACAGAUUUUCAAAAUUCCGAUGUACAGGGUGUUGUUACGAGGAUUCAAACUAUUCAUAAUUUUUUGUUAACCAGGACCUGAAUUUUCGAGGUGGUUAUUGCAUGAUACGUUUGGGCUCUCAAUUAGGAACAUAUUUGCCAAAUAUGAAGAAAAUAUACUGGGUGGUUCGUUUGAAAUGGCCUCUGAAAGGAACGGGCAAAACGCAUAAAACACUCUGUAUCUCGCCUACGAAGACUGUAAGACCCAAUGAAUGGGGUAUCUCCAGAAUCGCCUUGGUGUCAACUAAGCACCUAUGAAGUAUUUCCGUUUCCCAAUGAAACACCCUGUAUACGCGAAAUUUGCAGGGAAGGUUCGGAUCUCCAAUGCCGCAGUUGAGUUCGUUUAAUAAGCAGAACCUGAAUAGGGGUUCCGUAAAUAUGGCCGUUCGAAAUUUUGUAUUUUGUGAAUUUCGAAACCAAAGUCACAUUUGCGAGGGAAAUUUGCAUUCAGAUGUAGAAUGACCAUAUAAAGCUUCGUGCGAAAUAUCUUGUUGAUCACUUGAUCAGAACCAUAGAAACUCUGUUACCACAGAACUGACGUUGAGUUGAGAUUUUGGGUAUUGAUAUAAAAUAGCAAUGCUAAGCUCCUCGCCAAAUUUCAAGCUUAUCGCAUAAUGAGAACCAUAAAAAAUUAACCAUAGAAAAUUCAAGAAGAAUAUUGGAUAUUAAAAACUUGAUAUCUCUGUGAUUACAGAUCUGAUCAGAUGGAGAUUUCGCGUGUAUACAUAAAAUGAUCAUUCGAGACUGCGUGCACAAUUUCGUGCGGAUAGCAUAAACAGAACAAUAGAAAAUUCAAGAAGAAUUAAAAAAAUGUACACCUAAUAUAUAAGUUACAACAAAUUUGCUCGAGUUGAAAUUUUGCCUGAAUAUAUAAAUUAUCAAUUUUGAUCUUCAUGCAAAAUUUCGUGUGAAUAGAGGCUUCUACAUAAAAUUCAAGCAGAAUAUUGAAAAUAUUAAAGUCCGGCUUGAAAAGACUCCUCGGGGUCGGUAUAGAGAUGAUUCAGAUAUAGGUACAUCUUUUUAAUGUUGAAUUUCGGGACCGUAACCAGAUGUCUUCAAUCCAUAUAGUGAAUUCUCCAGUUAUCGGCAAUACAAGGGUUGUAAAUAAAUGUUUACACCACGUCUGGUGUUUUCUUCAAGAUGUGGAUGAUGAUAUUCCCCCUCUUAUCGAAUUUUUGCUGCAAGAGCCCUAGUACAGCGUUGCCGUUCGUACGAUAAUUAUCGUUUUGUACGAUAAUUUGCUGCUCAAUUCUAUGUACGAUAUCGCAUGUACGAUAAUAGCGUUUUGUACGAUAAUUUCAGUGUACCUAUCAUUUGAGCUAAAGUGUCAAUAGAUACUCAAAAUAUAAUGAAACUCAGUAUGACCAGAUUUAGUUGAUAUCCAAUUUUUCAGUAGAUUAUUGCAUUUUCAGGAAGUUUUUAAUAGGAAGAAAUCAUUUGAUAGAUUUUAGUAGUUUCAAAAAAUCUAACCGAGACGGUUGGGAAUGUCUAGACUCAAGAAUGUUCCGAUGAAUCAAUUCAUAUUCAAUAUAAUAUACUUUUCAAUUGAAAAGGGCGUAUCUGCAAAAUAGCACAUUUGGGAUAUUUGUCUUUGAAGACUUUCAUUUCAUCCACAGAUUCAAUUGAAUUAAUAUGAAGAAAAAAUAAAUGAUAAUGCAUGUUAAUUAAAUUUAAUCUGUAGAUGGCACAAAUGAAAGUAUUUAAAGUUCAAUCAAUAUCCCAAAAGUGAUUUUUUGUAGAUACGCACGCACUUCUCAAUUCAAACGUCAGUAUAGAUUCAUCAUAUUCCAAUCUGAUCACGCUGAUGAAACUGUUGAAAUGAUGUUCGAUCAAUACAUUGCUUUCCGGAAAUAAAGAGGAUCUUAUACGAAUUCAAUACAGUAAUUACAAUAUCUUAUGCAUAAUGGACCUGUACUUAGCAACUCUCAUGCUUGUAGACACCUCUGAUAAUGCUUUGUCGGCAUUAUCCAUAACAGAAUUACGGUUCGUUUUAUGGGUCGGCUUUAAAAUUCAGUAAAGACGGAUAACUUUUUUGACCGUUAUGCAAAUUUAGGUAGCUAUUAUUUGAAAGCGUUGAAUAUUUUGCAAUAACCUGGACCACUUUAGGAAUCACUGGCCUGGCGUAUACCGAUGACGAAUACAAAAAUCACAUUUGGCAAAACCAGAGGCAACGCCGACAAAGUGGAUAUACAAAGGAUAAUAAUAAAUCUCGAAAAUAGACGUGCUCGUAGGGAAAUAAAAAUAAUUAUCUUGAAAGCGAUAAUAAACUAAUAAACUCUGAAGGGUGCGAUUUUCGACUGCCUUGAAGAUUUCAAAGGAAAGUAAAAUGAUUAUUGGUUCAUUUUUAUGGAAUUUUUACGAAGAUAUAUCUCUGUAUUUCCAAUCAAUUAUUUAGAUUCAUAAUAUUUUAUAUGUGGUUAUGGGAGCAAAUGUUCAAUUGUUGAAAGCACAUUAAAAAGACCAUCAAAAAUAUAAUAUACGUUUCAAUUGAAAAGGGCGUAUCUGCAAAAUAGCACAUUUGGGAUAUUUGUCUUUGAAGACUUUCAUUUCAUCCACAGAUUCAAUUGAAUUAAUAUGAAGAAAAAAUAAAUGAUAAUGCAUGUUAAUUAAAUUUAAUCUGUGGAUGGCACAAAUGAAAGUAUUUAAAGUUCAAUCAAUAUCCCAAAAGUGAUUUUUUGUAGAUACGCACGCACUUCUCAAUUCAAACGUCAGUAUAGAUUCAUCAUAUUCCAAUCUGAUCACGCUGAUGAAACUGUUGAAAUGAUGUUCGAUCAAUACAUUGCUUUCCGGAAAUAAAGAGGAUCUUAUACGAAUUCAAUACAGUAAUUACAAUAUCUUAUGCAUAAUGGACCUGUACUUAGCAACUCUCAUGCUUGUAGACACCUCUGAUAAUGCUUUGUCGGCAUUAUCCAUAACAGAAUUACGGUUCGUUUUAUGGGUCGGCUUUAAAAUUCAGUAAAGACGGAUAACUUUUUUGACCGUUAUGCAAAUUUAGGUAGCUAUUAUUUGAAAGCGUUGAAUAUUUUGCAAUAACCUGGACCACUUUAGGAAUCACUGGCCUGGCGUAUACCGAUGACGAAUACAAAAAUCACAUUUGGCAAAACCAGAGGCAACGCCGACAAAGUGGAUAUACAAAGGAUAAUAAUAAAUCUCGAAAAUAGACGUGCUCGUAGGGAAAUAAAAAUAAUUAUCUUGAAAGCGAUAAUAAACUAAUAAACUCUGAAGGGUGCGAUUUUCGACUGCCUUGAAGAUUUCAAAGGAAAGUAAAAUGAUUAUUGGUUCAUUUUUAUGGAAAAAAAUUUCGUUUUUCGUUUCUGCAAGAAUUCUGAAAUUUCAUAUUUUGAAAAUCUUGGGAGGGGUAAUUACUAUAUAAUACUAGUACUCUUCACUAUUUCUAUACGGUCUUGCUUACUGACUGACUGAUAUUUGUACGUUUUUGAGACUCAAUUAUUAAGUGAAGUUAGUGAAGGUGUUUGAAGUUUUUUUAUAAGUUAUAUUUGCCUUUGACCUAAGGACUUUUUGUUUAUUCAGUUAUUAAAGGUAAGAGCUUAAUAUACAAUUCGAUAUUUUUCAACCUUAAAAUUACUUUUUUGAAGAUAUAAAACUUGAAAACGAUUUAUAUUUGAAUGUAUUAGAUUUUUGUGUAUAACCAAUAUCGGGUGUUUCAUGUCAUCGUAUAUAGGCAAAAUCUCGCUCAUUUGACGAGAUAAUAAAAAAAUUUCUGUUACUAGGGCCUAGUAACAGUUGGAAUAAUACAGAUCUAUUCUGAAUUUCUCCAAGUGAAUAUUAGAACUCUGAAAAUAGACGAGCAGAUAAAUUCGAUUUUUUUAAUCUGAAGUUGGUUGUGUUGUGAAUAUUUCGGAGUGAAAACUUGUGUUUGAAUAUUUCGAUCUUUUUGUAAGGAAAGCAAAAAUGUUUGGUCUAGUUCAUUUUCCCGACCAGACUUACGGAAUAUAUUCAAUGAAAAAUAUUUCAAAGAAAAAAGGAGAUAAUAAUGCCUGCAUUGUAAAACAUAGAGGUGCCAAAUAUGAAGCAGUACUGAUAACAGAAAAAGAGAAAAAAGAAGAACUGAGGGUACUUCAAGAUGAAAUGGUUGGACAGCUAAAAUCAGUAAAGAAAUCUGUAAGCGAUAAUAAUUUCACUGAUUCGAAAAUUGGAGAAAAAUAUGUGGAUAUGGACAGACCAUCUACUUCCUCCAUCAACCAUAAAUAUGUUUCCUCCGUUGUUAAAAAAGAUGAAGAAAGUAGUGAUGAAGCAAUUCAAGAGCAAAGAGAAGAACAGAGGAUUCUUCAAGAAGAAACGCUCGAACAAAGAGAAUCAGUAGAAAAAUCUAUAGGCGAUAAUCAUUCCACUGAUUCAAAAAUUGGAAAAAAAUAUGUGGAUAUGGACAGACCAUCUACUUCCUCCAUCAACCAUGAAUAUGUUUCCACCGUUGAGGGUAGAGAUGAACAAAGUAGUGACGGAGCAUUUCAAGAGAAAAUAAUUAUAGAAGAUAUAUUGCUUAAUCCGCGGAGAUCGCCAGAAAAAUCUCUAGUCUAUGAGGAUUUCAAUGAUUUUUCAAUUGGAACAGAAUAUGUGGAAAUUAACCGAUCAUCUACUUCUCUUAUGAAGAACUUCGAUGAUACUGUUUUCUCCACUGUUUGUGGAGAGGAGGAAGACAGAUAUGCAGAAUUUCAAGAUAAUAGUACCAUGGAAGCUUCAGAUAUGAAUGUUGACAAAAACAAACAGAGUAUUAUGCAACAUCAUGGAAUACCAGUUCAAGUGGAACCUGAAGAUGAGAUAGAAUUAUCAGUUUAUGGAGACAAUUCUGAUGAUGAUUCAGAUUAUAAUUUAUCUACUUAUUCAGAAACGCAAUCUGAUAACUCACGAGAUGGCAGUCGGAGCUCAACACCAUGUUCCUUUCUAUCUGAAAUGGAUCUGAAUAUUGAGGAGAAAACGCAACCGAAUGAGUCCAAUAAUAAUUCCCUCUCGAAAAGCAUCCAAGUUCAUUUAUCUGCCUCGUUAAACGAACCAGGGUGCGAUGAUGAAAAUAUGAUGGUAACUGAGUCCCGCGGAAGAAAAGGAGACAAGAAGGCAAAUUUUUGUUUCUACUGCCAUACGAAACAGCAAAAAAUCUCACGACACCUAGAGAAUAAACACAGCGGUGAGGAGGAGGUGAAAAAAUUUAUUAUGUUACCAAAAGGUAACGUAGAAAGGGCCAAGAUUAUUGGUCAGAUAAGAAAAAGGGGAAAUUUCCUUUUUAAUACGAAUGAGAAUUUAAAUGAUGGUGAGCUGAUUGUGGCGCGACGGCCUAAAAGCAGCAGGAAUAAAAGUGGUAGGGAUUACAGUGCAUGUGCAAACUGUAAGGGAUUUUUCUCAAAAGCCACCCUUCGAGUGCAUUUCAGAUCCUGCACAGGCAUUGAUUCCGACAUUAAAAGAUUGCCAAAUUUGCUAAGUAAAAAAAUCACAUCAAGAAUACAUCCUAUGGCAUCAAUAACUGUGAGAAAUCAUUUAUUCCCACCGCUGAGGGAGGAUGAUGUAUGUAGAGCAAUCAGAUAUGAUGAACUCAUCAUCAUUUAUGCUAACAAAAUGGUGGAAAAAUAUAGAGAACCGAGACAUUUCCAAAUGAUAAGGCAGAGAUUACGAUUAAUUGGUAAUUUCCUCAUUAAAAUGAAGGCACUGAGUAAGGAAAUAAAUAAUUUAGCCUCUAUAUAUGACCCAAAAUUUGUAGACAUGGUUUUAUCUGCUAUAAAUAUGUGUGCCCGGUACACUGAAACUACGAACUGCUUCGAAGCUCCUUCGGUAGCGUUCAGUUUGGGCACACUGCUGAAGCAGAUUGGCAAUUUAUUAAUAACAGAGUGCAUUAAAAACCACAAGGAAGAAAUGCGAAAAAAUGCUAAAUAUUUCUUGAAAGUUUUCGCUCAAGAAGUGAACAUAAAUGUAAACAGAACUGUUGCUGAAACUCAACUGAAAAUGAGUAGAACAAAAACAGUUAUGCUACCCACAAUGGGCGACAUAAAAAAACUCAGCGACUAUUUGACCAAGAAGAGAAAAGACGCCCUUGAGAAAUUGAAAAUUUGCUUCUCGUCAUUGGCCUGGAUAGACUUAGCAGAGGCAACGCUAACGUCUAUCCAGGUUUUCAAUAGACGACGCGCUGGAGAAGUCGAGAGAAUUAGCAUUACCGAAUUUGAAAAAUACGAAACGAUUGAGAGAAGUAAUAAUGAUCUAUUUCAAUCACUUUCAGAGAAAUCAAAAGAAAUUGCAAAAAAAUAUGUUCGAUUCACUAUAAGGGGCAAGUUGAAUCGGACGGUUCCUGUUCUAUUGGAUACUCAUUUAUGUGAGUGCAUCCAAUUAAUAAUAAAAAACAGAACAAAUAUGAGGGUCCACAAGAGUAACCCUUAUGUAUUCGGUACACCAGGGUCGGAUACAAAAAAGCAUCCACAUCUGAGUGCCUGCACUUUGAUGAGGAAAUUCUCUGAAGCUUGUGGUGCUGAGCACCCGACAAGACUACGUGGCACCAAUUUGAGGAAACAUAUAGCCACUACGUGUAUUACUUUGAAUCUUGAAAAUCAAGACGUAGUGGAUUUGUCGAACUUCAUGGGCCAUUCGGAGAAGAUACACAAGGGCAUUUAUCGUCAGCCCAUUAUAAGUAGGGACAUUUUGGGCAUUUCACAACUCCUGCAAACAGCUCAAGGAGAAAAUGAAAAUGCAAGCAGUGAUGACUCCGAAAAUGAGGUUGUCAAUGAUGAAGAACCAAUUCCUACAAAUGAAAUCAAUUCAACAGGAGGAACUCCAAAUCUUAGUGGGGGGAAUAGGAGGAAUUCCAGCAAAGCCCAUACCCUAUCUGGCACCCUCAAAAGAGUGAGGUGGACCCAAGAGGAGAAGGAUGCUAUUUUCCGUAUUUUCGGAGAAUAUAUGAAUAGAAAAGCUCUACCUCCUUUGAAAGUGAUACAAACAGUGAUAAAAGAAACUCCUGUUCUUCAGAAUCGCACGUCACCACAAAUAAAGACAUGGAUUCACAAUCAGCUGAAGGGCUCCAAGAAGAAACUUUCAUUUUCAAACUGAAUAUUUGUGAUAUUUUUAAUUUAUACAUAGUCAUUCGUUUUUAUUCAUAUUUAUUUAUUUUUUCAUAUAUUUAUUUACUUUUCAAGAAAGUUGUUUAUGUUUCUUCAUUUUCAUUCAUUUAUUUUCAUUUAUAUUUGUUCGUUUUAUUUAGAGAUUUAUUUAUGUUCCUUUGAAAUUCAUUUAUUUGUAUUCUUAAGAUUUUUUCAAGAUGGUGUUUCUUUCGAAACACUUCAUUUACAAUUGAAGUUUAUUAUUUUUCUUAAUCAAAAACCAAAGAAAAACCGAAUAUUUUAUUGUCACCAUAUUUUUAUGCCUUCAACUGGAAAUUCCUAACUAGAUAUUACAGAAGAACUAGGUCGACUAGAAAUUUGGAAAUGGAGAUUAGAAUAUUUAUCAUUCCUGGCUCUUUCGUACAUAUAGAGAAGAUAUUUAAAUUUGAAAAGAAUUAUGAUUCCCUUGACUUCCUCAUUAUUUAAAAUACUUUACCCAAUAAUUUAACUUCACCUUAUUUUUAUGACCUUUAACUGGGAAUACUCAAGUUCAAUCAAGAAGUUACUGAGGAACUGGGUCGACUAGAAAUUUGAAAAUUGAGAUUAGAAUACUUUCUCAAUCUAGGCUCUUUCGGUUAUACAGAGGAUCAAAAAAAUGUUCAUAACGGCGACCCCCCCCCAAUUUAAAGGCUAGGAUCGCCCUUGUCAUAAAUGCAAUUUCUGUAACGAAACUACAAUGAAAUAUAUUUUCGAAAAUAAAAUAAUCCUCAUAUUAAGA